AUGACCGACUCUGGCAGCGCAAACCGUACCUGGAGUGGUACUUACGACAACUACGACUACGAUACCUCGGGCACAACAUACGACACCACCGGGACGAGCUACGAUCCUACCGGCUACAGCACUUAUGGCACCACCGGAUAUGGAUCCCAGGGAUACAGCGCCGCCAGGACUGGCUAUGGCACCACCUACGAUACGGGCUACGGUAGUACCACCUACGAUACGGGCUACGGUAGUACCACCUACGAUCCCAGUACCGGCGCCUAUGACCAACAUCUAGACUAUCGUACCAAUGAAGGCAGACGCCAUCACCGGCAGCGUCUGGAUUCUAAUGGAGUUUACCGUCAUCGGGAUGUUGACCGUCGAGACGAUGGUACCACUCAUGUCCACAGAGAAUAUGACAACCCGAACACUGGUACCAGCUAUCAUCGGGACUACGAGCGUUAG